AGCGUCCGCGCCUCGGGAGCGGCCGGACGGAAGAGAAGGUUCGCCAGACGCCGGUCGGCUGCCCGACCUUUCGGACUCAAAGCCGAACUGAACAGCCGCGGCUUCUGGUUGGUCGGGGAGGCGCUGCGGCCACCUCAGGAAGAUGUUUAACGUGGAGUCCGUGGAGCGGGUGGAGCUGUGCGAGAGCCUGCUCACUUGGAUCCAGACCUUUAACGUGGAUACACCAUGCCAGACUGUGGAAGAUUUAACGAAUGGGGUGGUGAUGUCCCAGGUUCUUCAAAAGAUAGAUCCUGCAUAUUUUGAUGAUAAUUGGCUAAACAGAAUCAAAACUGAAGUGGGAGACAAUUGGAGGUUAAAGAUAAGUAAUUUAAAGAAAAUUUUAAAAGGAAUCUUGGAUUACAAUCAUGAGAUUUUAGGACAGCAGAUUAAUGAUUUUACCCUUCCUGAUGUGAACCUUAUUGGGGAGCAUUCUGAUGCAGCAGAGCUCGGAAGGAUGCUCCAGCUCAUUCUCGGCUGUGCUGUGAAUUGUGAACAGAAGCAAGAGUACAUUCAAGCCAUUAUGAUGAUGGAGGAAUCUGUUCAGCAUGUUGUCAUGACAGCCAUUCAAGAGCUAAUGAGUAAAGAGUCACCUGUCUCUGCUGGAAAUGAUGCCUAUGCUGAUCUGGAUCGCCAGUUGAAGAAAACUACAGAGGAACUAAACGAAGCUUUGUCAGCAAAGGAAGAAAUUGCUCAAAGGUGCCAUGAAUUGGAUAUGCAGGUUGCAGCACUGCAGGAGGAGAAAAGUAGUUUAUUGGCAGAAAAUCAGAUAUUAAUGGAACGACUCAAUCAAUCAGAUUCUAUAGAAGAUCCCAACAGUCCAGCAGGAAGAAGACAUUUGCAACUUCAGACUCAGUUAGAGCAGCUGCAAGAGGAAACAUUCCGACUAGAAGCAGCAAAAGAUGAUUAUCGAAUACGCUGUGAAGAGUUAGAAAAGGAAAUCUCUGAGCUUCGUCAGCAGAAUGAUGAGCUAACCACCUUGGCAGAUGAAGCUCAGUCUCUAAAGGAUGAAAUAGACGUUCUCAGACACUCUUCUGAUAAAGUAUCUAAACUAGAAGGUCAAGUCGAAUCUUAUAAGAAGAAGCUGGAAGACCUUGGGGAUUUGAGGCGGCAGGUUAAACUUUUAGAAGAAAAGAAUACUAUAUACAUGCAGAACACUGUCAGUCUGGAGGAAGAAUUAAGAAAAGCUAAUGCAGCCCGAGGUCAGCUUGAGACAUACAAGAGACAGGUUGUAGAGCUGCAAAAUAGAUUAUCUGAUGAAUCAAAGAAAGCAGAUAAAUUAGAUUUUGAAUACAAGCGGCUAAAAGAAAAAGUUGAUGGUCUUCAGAAAGAAAAAGAUAGGUUAAGAACAGAAAGGGAUUCUCUGAAGGAAACCAUUGAAGAGCUCCGAUGUGUCCAGGCUCAGGAGGGGCAGCUCACCACUCAAGGGUUAAUGCCUCUGGGAAGCCAGGAAUCUUCAGACAGCCUCGCAGCAGAGAUUAUUACACCGGAAAUCAGGGAGAAACUUAUUCGUCUUCAGCAUGAGAAUAAGAUGUUAAAAAUCAAUCAAGAGGGUUCAGACAAUGAGAAAAUUGCCUUAUUGCAGAGCCUUCUAGAUGAUGCAAACCUACGCAAGAAUGAGCUGGAGACCGAGAACAGGCUGGUGAAUCAGAGACUUCUAGAAGUACAGUCACAAGUAGAAGAACUGCAGAAAUCUUUGCAGGAUCAAGGCUCAAAAGCAGAAGAUGCUAUUUCAGUUCUUCUAAAAAAGAAGCUUGAAGAACAUCUAGAGAAGCUGCAUGAAGCCAACAAUGAAUUACAGAAAAAGAGAGCCAUAAUUGAAGAUCUUGAGCCAAGAUUUAACAACAGCUCCUUAAGAAUUGAAGAAUUGCAAGAAGCUUUACGAAAGAAAGAAGAAGAAAUGAAGCAAAUGGAAGAGCGCUAUAAAAAGUACUUGGAGAAAGCCAAAAGUGUUAUUCGUACAUUAGACCCUAAACAGAAUCAAGGAGCAGCGCCAGAAAUACAAGCUCUUAAAAACCAACUUCAGGAACGGGAUCGACUGUUCCACUCAUUAGAGAAAGAAUAUGAGAAGACGAAGAGUCAAAGAGACAUGGAGGAGAAAUACAUUGUUAGUGCCUGGUACAAUAUGGGAAUGACUCUGCAUAAAAAGGCGGCUGAAGAUAGACUAGCUAGCACAGGUUCAGGGCAGUCAUUUCUAGCAAGGCAAAGACAAGCAACCAACACAAGAAGAUCCUAUCCAGGCCAUGUCCAGCCAGCCACAGCAAGGUAGAGAGGUCUCGCCAUUAGGGAUUUUUAAAAGGCAUACUUCUGUUACAUAUAACAACAUUUCAGGAAAUCCAGCCGACUUCGUUUAUUCUUUCCUGUGUUGAUAUUUAGUGUUUCUCACUUGAGGAUCUCUCUUGCAUCUUUUAGUUUCUUUGUCCUUUAUGGUCUUUUCAGUUUCUUUUAAUGUGCCAAAAAUUUGUAAAUGUACAAUUAAAAACGUUGUAUAAUAGUGUAAUACUUUUCUUUGUAUGAAAAUGUCUUCUUCCCCAUUUGUGUGGGCUUUGUAAAGAAUCAGAUUUUCUGCCAAUAAUUGAUACACAAUUUAUAUUCUUUAUCGUGCCUACUGUGUUACCAUACUUUAUAAGAAUGUCUUUGUUUAAAGGGAAUUAAUCUUUUUAUGGUGUAUUAAUCUGUGUUUUCAAUUGUUUUCCAAAUGCACUUCAGAUAACUUCAAUAUUUACUGUACUAUCUAGAGUGGUGUCGAGUGCACUUGUGCAAAGGCAGAUACAUUGGCAGAUCGUAUGGCACCUGGCAGGGUCGCUUGGAGGGAAGAAAGAAUUUUUCAUGUUAUUUUACUAGAAAUUAAACUUAUUCUGAGAUUUGGAGUUCAUUUUCAGAACAUAAUUAUGUGAAAUGUCACUAUUUCCUGCUGUCAUGUUUGCUGGCAGAAGUGGAAUUGGUGAAGAUGUUUGGGUAGACAUUACAGAGGAUAAAAAAAAUUGGCAGGCUUUUUUUUCUUCCUUUGAAAUAUCUUAGUAGUUAAGAAUCAGAUUCUAGCCACACACUUUUAAUUGCUCUCCACAUGUAAAAGAUUUAUUUUUCAUAUAGGUAGCCUUACCUUUGGGGCAGUUCUUUGACUUAUGCCUUAUACGUUUUAUAUAUUCUGUAAGCCUUCCCUUUUCUCAGUUAAUCUUGAUAGCUAACAUCUUAAUACCAUUCAUUAAGAUCAGUACAUGCCUUUUGUGUGUAAUAUUAUGAUAGAUCUCUUUACAGUGUUUCCUAACUCUACCUAUGAGUCCAAGAGUUGGUAACUGGAGAGAUUUUUUGGGUAUUUGGUUGUUGAAAUUGCUUACAUUGUAUGCCACAUUUAUUUACAUAGAUGAAUGCCUGCUAAGCAGUCACUGUGAAGCACUUUGUCUAUAUAAGGUAUCAUAUCAUUUUAAACUGUCAUUUAUUUGAAAAUGAUAUACCUUUUGUCUUUCUCCAUAUUGAUUUAUGUAUUUGAUUCCAGGUAAUAUUUAAGGUUUCUUCCAGCCUUUUUCUUGUUCCAAACCACAUUUUUUCAAAAGAAAAAAGAAAUCUGGAAUUUGGUCAAAGGGUUAUUUUGUUUGUUUUUAGGUAAGUCAUCUAGUGGAAGAUGUUAUUUUAUGUACUUGCUGUUCGAAGUGCUGGUGUUACUUAGUUAUGUAUAAAAGACAAAUAACUUUAAUUCCAGUUUAAUGCGAUUAAGACUUUUCAGAAACUAUAUGCAAGUGCUUCAUUUUAACUCCCUCUUCUUUUAUAAGAAAAUUGACCUAGAAAUUGUCCUGCAUGUCAUGCUUUGUUUUUGUCAGACAGAGUCUUUGUGUAACCCAGGCUGUCGUGAACACAUGAUCCUCUGGAUUAUAGAUGUGAACCCCCAUACUCCUGAGAACCAUUCUAGAGGAAAGGUAUUAGAACAUAGAGAAAUGGCACUAUGCACCGUGAGCAUUUCUUUGAAAGAUAUUCACUGCAGUGUCUGAGCACAGUAGGAGGCAUCUGCCUAGGCAGACCAUAAAGCAGCGAGACUUGGAAAUGUGGAGAGAGCUGUGUGAGGACAGUCACUGUGGGGUGCAGGGCAAACAGACCUCAUCUUUUAGGUCUGGUUUUGUUUAUUUCAAGACAAUCUAGCUGUAUUAUCCAGACUUGCCUCAUCCUUUGACUGAAAGCCAUCCUCCUGCCUGUGCCUUCCAAGAGGCUGAAAUUAAGGUAUAUGCUGUCAUGCCUACAUGAUAUGUCAAGUUUGAAAAAUAAAAGAUUAAAAUCGGGGCCAGCAAAAUGGCUCAGCUAGAAAAAUACUUGCCGCCAAGCCUGACGACCUCAGCUCGUGAGAUUCCUGGGGUCCAGGUGAUGAGGGAACAAGCUGCUCCCAAGGAUUGUCCUCUGACCUCCAGACUCACACAGUUUUAGGUACAUACACAUAAAUAUGUUUUAAAAGAUUAAAACUAGUUUAAAAUACUCUUACUUCAUCUUUAGUUCACAGAAUAUCUAAAACUCAAGCAUUUUUAAAGGAACAAAUUAGUCUAUGAUUCCCUACUUUUACUUAAUAAAAUACUGCUUUUUGAGAAGUUAUGCUUGUAGAACAAAGAGGAUGUGAAAGCAGGAGACUCUGGAAGCUGCUUUUCAGCUAGAUUUACCUGUGAGGUAAAAACAUCUCAACAUUUGAUUUUCUGUUUACCUGCUCUCUCUGUGUGCCCACCCACCUACCCAGAUAUUUUCUCUAGAUGUUUUGGAAAUGCCUCAAGCUUUCAGAAGGAAAUUUAGCUUCUGAUUUUUGUCAGCAUCUGCUGUGUGCUAAUUUCAGUGUUUAUAACCUUCACUUUGUUUGUUGUCUGUAUCUUUGUUUGGUGGAUUUCACUCAGUAAAUGGAAGAAAUAUCGUGUGAUAUUUCAGAAUAAAAUAAAGUAUACUUUCAUAAGAAACAGCAUCCGAACAUAUACUUUAGGCAUCAUAAAGCCAAGAAUAAACCUAAGUAAAGCAGUGGCAGCUUUGCCAUUGUGUGGUGUAGGUCAGAACUUAGGGGAUUACAGUUUCUCCGUCAGUGAUCAGGAAUGUUGCAGGUGCUCUGAUGGUGAUGUGCAGUCUCCCUAGAAGUGAAGAGGUCAGUGAUGCUGGGCUGUGUCUCCACAGGCUUCUUUCGUGGUACUUCCCUGAAGCCUCCUAGCUUGUUCCCUGAGGCCUCCUAGCUUGUCCUGGCAAUACGAGAGAAUGAGGACAGUGGUUCAGUGUCCUUGUAUCAGGUUGAGGGAAGCUGUCGCCAGCAUCCGAGUUCUUGUAACAAGCUUAUUUUCUGUGCCAUCUAUCCAGGGUUUAAAAAAAAAAAAACCAAAACAAAACUACUAAAAAAAUGACCAUGUAUGUCCCACAUUAUACAUUUAAGAUUAGAACAGGAAAACAGACCAGUAAAUAUAAUUUAGUUUCUUCCAUCAGAAAUGAAAAUAACAAAUAUAGUUGCACAUAUUUUUAUUUAAUUUUAAAAACUGGAGCUGGAAAGUUGGCUCAGCAUUUAAGGGCAUUUAUGGUUCUUCCCAAGAUCACAGGUUCAGUUCCCAGAACUGAAAUGGAAGGUCAUAAUAACCAACCUUCUGUAACUGCAGUUCCAAGGACUCUUAUCCCCUCUUCUGACCUCCACAGUCACCAGGCACAUGCAUGUGUACAUGCAUGCAGGCAGGCAAACACUCAAACACAUAAAACAAAUCUAUAAAAAGAAAAUUUAAACUAGGUCAUAGUUUUCUUUUGUCUGAUUACCUAACAACAAAAAUAAAUUCUUAAAUAAUUGAUUCAUAUUCAAACUUAAUCCAGAUUGAACUAUUUCUGUCAUCUUGGUAAAAUUAGCUUAAUGUGAUGAUUAAGUUAUAUGGAUGAUAUUGUCCAAUUUUUUUGAAGUUGUUUGGUUAAUGUAAUUUGAUCCCAGUUACAAAAUCAAGGUAAAUGGUUCUAUUAUUUUGUUUUUCGAGACAGGGUUUCUCUAUGUAGCCUGGGCUGUCCUAGAAUUUACUCUGUAGACCAGGCUGGCCUCGAACUCAAGAGAUCCACAUACUGCCUCCUGAGUGCUAAGAUUAAAGGUGUGUGCCACCACUGCAUGACAAGCCAAGCUAAAUGUUAUCUGUCAGAACUGCCGGUCUAAUUUCAUUAAUUGUUACUGAUCCAGAUAGAGAUUAAUUCUAAAAUAAGUUAGGUCUUAGUGGAAAGAAAGAUGCAGUCAAUGAGCAGUCUUAUUCAUCUUUUCAAUAGCAGUUCUCCUAGUCUUGUUAGUAAAAGGGAAAGGCUUUUGAGGGCUAGGAUGUGCUUAGUUGGUGUAGUACUGGGUUUAGUCCCUAGCAUCUUAGAAGAUGGUUGUACACCUGUAGAGAGUUUGAGGCCAGUUUGAGUCACAUGAGAGUCUACCUUCAAAAGGAAAAAAAUGUAUAUAGUUUCGUAAAAUCUAUUGCUCCCAUAUAAGCAUUGAUCUAUUGUACUAACAAUAACCAUAUUUUAAGCUUUGAAAUAAUUCAUUAUGAGUUAUCAUUAGUCAAAAACAUAAAACUUAAAAUAUCUUCUUUACUCUCCAAAUUUAAUUUUCAUUUGUUCAGAUCUCUUAGUACACAAAUGUUGUAGUUAUGUCCAGUUGGGAAAUGUUGUGCCUGAACAUCCACAGUCCCUAUCUCAAAGAAAUCUAGCUAAUUUCCAUUCGCUCGAGUUAAGAACAUAAUUCGGCCCCACAGUGAGAGGGACAUAUGUAGUAUGUUUUCUACUAAGGUGGAAUCACAUGAGUACCACAUGUCUUCAGUUUUCUGUUCAUUAAACCAUGGAAGAAUAAUUGAACCUUGGUUUUUUUUAGAUUAAUAUUUGUAGUUGGGGGAGGGUGACUUGGGAAGGAUGUGUGCAAGAGCCCGUGGAGGCCGAGCUAGAGGUGGGUGUCAGCUGCCCUGUGUGUAACUUGGGUUCUCUGCUAGAGUAGCCAGCUUUCCUCUCCAGCCCUUUAGAUAGCCAUCAACCUGAUUCAGCUUUGUAUUUAACAAUGAAACAUAUGUGAUAUCCCAGAACAUGGGAACCUGAGGCUGAAAAAAAUCUAAGUUGGAAGCUAUUCUGGGCUAUACAAUGCGACCUUGUUUCAAAAAACAAAGCAAGUGUAUGCCAAACAAAGUAGAAUGGGAAGCCAGGCCUGUUACCUAGCAUACUCGAGACUGUACGUUCAGGCCCUAGGAUGGGUGGAUGAAGGAAUGAAUACAUGAAUGCAUAAAUAAAGUGGGAUAUCUGAAUCUAUAAAAAUUAUUUUAUCGUGUUUUGUUUUCCUUUUCAUAACUUAAGGGGGUUCUGUCCAAUAAAAUUAACUUCGUUAACUACAGUGCUGUCAGAAUUAAAAGUGAUCCAACCCUUUUUUUUUUUGUUUAUUUGUUUUUUGAGACAGUGUCUUUCUCCAUAGCACUGUUCUGUCCUGGAACCCUGGAACUCACUCUUGUAGACCAGGCUAUCCUUGAACUCACAGAGAUCUGCACAAAGAAUCCCUGUCUUAAAAAAAAAAGGAAAAAGACAACUUUUCAUCAGUCUGAUUUAUGUUACCAUUUUGAGUAAAAAAAUAAAUAAAUAAAAAACCCCUAAGUUCUCUAUUUAAUGUUUUAAAAUAUGAAUAUGGGUGGAUUUUUUCCAGUUACACUAAAGUAAUAGAACAGGGACAUUGGUUUGAGAAGUAAGAGCCCUGAACCUAAUUAUGGCUUGUCUAUCAAGUUUGAAAACUGGGGGGGGGGGGUCCGUAAAUGCAUAUGCUUAUAUGUGUAUAUAAAUUUAAAUAUGUAUAUGUGUAUAUUUCUCCCUCCGUGUGUGUGUAUAUAUACACAUAUUUAAAACUAGACAUAGCAAGAUUUGCUUUACAUGUCUCUUUUCAGUAUUUUUCUGUUAUAAUUUUAGUAAGUCUGAAUGUAGUAUGUAAGUGAAGAUAGAAAUUGAAAAAGCAACAUGGCGAUUAAGACAAACAAACCCAUUGUAAAGAGUAGAGUGAGUAUUGGUGUACGAAGGAGCCUAACUAAAAAAUAUUUCGGCCGAGAGACAUACUCAGUAUCUUAUUCAAUGUUAUAGUCAACAAAUACUCUGUCAUUAUUACACAUUUAUCUGGUAAAAGAGUAGGCCAAAACUAAUUUCUGAUUGUCUUUUGAUGAGUAUUAACUAAGCAUAUAAUCUGUAUGUUAGUUGGAGGGAAAGCAUUUCUUUUUAUAAUUAUUAAGAAGUUAUUACUAAGUCUGACACAUGAAUUUAGGAUGUUAAACUUUGAUGAGAUGAGAAGAAAAUUAUGAUGGCUAAAAAUGAUCACCAGCUUCCCAACAGGUAUCUGUAUCAUACAUUAUAUAGUUUACAAACCAUUAUCUUAAUGUCCCCCUUAAUUAUAAUUGUACCGCCACAGAAUGUCUGUAUGAAGACAAAAGUGAAAUUUUAAAACCAUUUCUUUAUGUAUGUAUGUGUGUAUGUAUGUAUGUACGCCUUUACGUAUCUGAGGCUUUACCACAGGCUCACAGGCAGGUGUUCAGGUCUGAAGAUGAAAUUGUAGGUGCCCAUUAUCUCAAACAUCUCACCUAUAGGGCUAUUAAAACCUCAAUUGUAUCUACUUAGAACUUAAUUAAAUGUUCUGAGAACAAGCGAGCAAGUAAAAGACAACCCUAAUACAUGCUGAGGACAUUGAGCACACGGAUGUGAUGUCUGCUCAGACUGUCACAUAAGAGAACACUGAACUGACAGUGGUGAGCUCAGCACUGUGUUGUCAAAAGCAGUGGAGAGAACCUAGUUCCCUUCUUGUACUUGGGAACCUGUAGACAGUGAUCACUGUAUCUUCUGUCUGUAGUCUGUUCUACUAGAGACAGGCAUCUUAAUGUUAUCUCCCCUCCUCAUCAGUCUAGCUUGUUUAUACCCCACUACAAAAUUUCCAGCAUUUUACUGAUAUUAAAUAAUUCUUCCUUUCCUCUUCUGCUGCACUUGAGCAUCUCCUGUUGACAUCAGUGUUGUGAAUCAAAAUCUGGAAAUAGCUUAUUCCUAGCUUGGACACCAACACUGUGAAGCUGGCUUUUGGUUUUUGUGCUGGGAAUUGAGCUUAGGGCCUCAUGCACUCCAGGGCAAGUGUUCUGCCAUUGAACUCCAUGCCCAGUAAAUCAAGACCUCUUGAAUACAAACAUGUUUGAAACUGCAUUCUUAUUAAUAAAAUUAAACACUUUCCUGUUUAACGAGAUUGCCUUUCCCUUUGUGGGGUUGUCUCUUAAAUACCUGUAGAUUGCCUUUCCCUUUGAGGGGUUGUCUCUUAAAAUAAAAACCCUGUAGAUUGCUCCUAGCUUUUCCCACCAUUGCAAAUACCCAAAAAGAGAAGGACGUGCUCUCUAGCACACUCCCUCCCUCCCUCUUCCCUGCCUCACUCUCUUUGGAAACUGAGAAGUCAGAGGCAAGUGGGGAAAGAUGAUUUUUAGAAAAGGAAUGCUGGAUGCUACAGUAAUAUUAAUUGUACUGUGAGAUUUUUUUUUAAUCUUUUCUUUUCCUUUUUUUUUUUCUUAAAUUUGCCUUGCAAAGGUUUCUUCUUGUGCUGGUGAGUUUUUAGCACCCGGAACUCUCCCACCUGCAACAUGAAUUUAGUAAUCAUGUUAGAGACCAAAAGUACUGAGGCUUGUUGACUGCUAACCCUGAUUACUGCCAGAGAAUUGGCUUAAUAAAAGUGUAUGCUUUUUUGGUUUUGCCUUGUUUUAAAGGAUAUACAUGUUUUAAUAGUGUAAAAAGUUUGUGCAUUUAGGCCAGGGAACCUAGUUCCAGUAGCAGAACAUGUGACUAGACUACACAAGACCCUGCCUGGCUUCAGUUCAGAGUUAGUCAGUCUGUGUCUUUUGCUGUCUGUCUGUCUGUCUGUCUGUCUGUCUGUCUCUCUCUCUCUCUCUCUCUCUCUCUCUCUCUCACACACACACACACACACACACAUACACACACACAUACACACACAGUGAUGGACAGAUUCUCAAUGUUGCUUUAGAAGUUUCUACUGAUGACUUUGCUUGCUUAAGUCAAUUACUUAGAAGAAAGCAACACUGAAAUAGAGAAGUCUGCAUUCAACUUUAAGGAAAUAAGUACCUUUUUUUUUCCUUUCCCAAGUAAAAAAAUCAGAAAGCCAGGAUAGUAUCACACACCCAUAAUCCCAACACCAGGCUAAGACAGCAGGACCACAAGUUUUACGUCAGAUGAGGCAACAUAGAAAAUUCAAAGCCAGUCUGUCUAAAAAAAAAAGAAAGAUUUCAUGAGUACAAAAAAUAUACAGUGUUUUAAAUAUAUUCUAUGUAAGUGUUUAGUGAGUGAAUUUCCAAGUGUCCUAACAGCUCCUAGCUUCUUGUAAUGUACAUAAGAGUAGAUUAUAGACCAAGUCAGUACCACCUGCCAUGUGUGGCAGUUUUAACUUGAAGGUAACUUACACCUGUGAUUCUAGCACGGAAAAGGCUGGGAUAAGAGGACUUUCCACAAGGGUCAGACCAUCCAUGGCUACACGGUGAGAUUCUGCCGGGUGUUUCAGCUCUCCAGUACUCACAUGUGCAGUGGACAGCACAGGUGUAGAAAAUGCAGAAAACCGCCAAAAAAUAGAGGCAGUCAGCUUACAAGUCAGCUGGGGAACAGUGGCUAAAGGGUUUCACAGGUGAAAAGUGUUUCUUUCUUAGAAACGUUUUGUGUCAUCAUUUUUGUCCUUGGAAAAAUCAAGGCCCUGUAUUGUGAGCUUUUAAUAUACUCUUCCCGACGCAAUUGUCAGUGCUUUGUCAGCUGAUACAGUUAAAGCAUUUUACAAAUCAUUUAAUAUCUUCAGGCAUUUCUCCCUUUGAUACUUUUUACAUUGAUUAUAUUAUCAUCAAGCAGAAACUGAUAAUAAAUUGCUUAACUAUUAUCAAACAAAAUUAGUAAACAUCAUAGCCUUAUAUUAUUUAAAUCUAUUUAUAUCUCAGUAUCUCAUGAAAGUCACCUUUUGUUUCUACCUUGUAGCUUUAAAGUCAUGUUUGACUGUCUUCCACUUCAAAGAUAGAGUUAGGACCAAAGAAUUUGGUUUUCUUCAAAUGGUUCCCUGCUCUUAAUUUGCUUGGAAGAUGAAUGCAACCAAUUUUUUCUUUAUGAAGCAAACAUUUGCUUUUACAGAAUGUGACUAGGUGGUGAGAACGUUGGAGAUAUGUACUGGUUUUCUAUUAUACUAAAGUACUUAAUCUAACUUAAAGGGUUAUGCCGGUUUAUCUGAAAUUUUCGAAUCAAACUAAGGGACUUCUUUUAAAUGUAUGUGUCUGUGUUGGUUUGUUGUUACCAUUUUUGUUUUCUGAAGUUAGUGAUAAUGGAGCUCCAACCUAAGACCUUGCAACUGAGAUUUGAGACAGGUUCUCUCUUUUUAGCCUUGGCUGGCCUGGAACUCAUGGAGAUCCACCUGCCUCACCUCCUGAGUGCUGGGAUUAAAGGUGUAUGCUCCACCACCCCUGACAUCAGUUGCAAUUCUUGUGAGUCAGACUCGCACUUAGUGACACCUUUCCUAAGAGGUCACAGUGCUCUUCUUGUGUUUUAAAACUUUGAUAAUCAGGCAACAGAAUCACAACUGUAUUUCCAAUUUCUAAGCAAGUUAUGAAAUUAUUACUGUGAUGCGAGUACAGAUGAGCACAUAUGUAUGUGUUUGUUUUGUUGUGUUCAACAAAGACUCAAGGGUUAAGGAUAAUUUUCAGUAUGCUCUAAAUAAGUAACAGUUUAGUGCAAAUAUAGGAAAUGACCGCACACGGAUGCUGAGCAGUGAUCUGGCACCUCGUUUUCAUAACUACCUACUUUUUAAAAUAGCUUUAGUUACUUACAAUUCAAAACCACUAAAAUACUAUCAUCCCUAAUUUUGGCAUUUAGAGAUUCUGUAAUUCGUAAUACUUUGUACUCUGAAAAAUAAUUUCCAGAUUUGUUGCAGUUCUCGUUGAGAGUUACUUACCAUUUAUAACACACAUCUUUUACUAUUUUAUUAUGUCAUGGGUAGCAAAAUUCAAACAUGCUUAAUAAUUUGCCUUAUUUAGACUAAGAAAUUCAAAAUACCAGAAAUAUAAAGAUAGGGAGAUAUUUGUUUCCCUAUGUUUUUUUUCCCUUUUUCAGAUGAGCUGGAAAACACCUAAGUAUAUUGAGGCUGACUGCCCCUUACGUUGUUGCCAGCUUCAUGUUUGACACUGGGUAUUUCCCACCUUGCAUCCUAGCCAUUCUAAAGGUAUUAGUUAUCUUCCCACUCUGGAAGACUGUUGAAUUUGUAGUAGUUUUAUUCUUUGUAACAUAAUCCAAAAAUGAUGUCACUUUAAGCUCUGCAUUUCUCACUUCAAGUCAUUUCUAACGUUAUAUUACGGUGUUCAAGCAUUUUUUCCUCCUGUUUACCCAGUUUGCCAGUUGCGUGCUUUGUCUUACAACUGGCACGUUUCCCCACUGUUGUGCCACAGUAAAUGACUUUUUAGAGCUGUCUUCUCCAGUUAGAAAUCCUAACUAAAGUCACAACAACAAAGUUCUGAGAAACCAUCAAAAGGAAGGGUUUUUAAUCUUACAUUUCCUUUUGGUUCAUUUUGAUUUUAUGACUGCCAACUUGUUAUAUAUGAGUGUUUAUAUAUGCAUAUAAUAUAUGUAUAUGAAAAAGUUAAGAUUUGGUCAAACUAUAUUUUCCCAUUCAAGUACAAAAAAAUGUUUUCAAGGCUGCAAAAAGUGUACAGUUGUUAAACAAGUUGUAAAUAAAGACUUGUAUAAAAAUCCA